AGUGAAGUAAAGUUUCUAUAAAGAUGUAACAAUAUAAUGCAUUUACACACAGUUUUGGUUUAUUCUAAAUUUAACUAAACUAGAAUUGCUGCCUCGCACUUAAAUGCCUCUGUGAACCCGUAAAGUUGCACUUACAGUUCAAAUCCAUGUCUGUGAAAACAUGGAUGCUGCACAUACAUCUUCAACCCGACAGCAUAGAAGAUCUAUACAAUCAACACAGUUUUACAGUGGGCAUCCAAGAUUAGUGUUGCCAAUUCGGUAUCCAACAAAAUGUCUCCCCUUCUUUUCUUGAGAUAUGAAGUUAAGUAAUGGCCAAAAAAAGUUUUUAUGCAAAACAUUAUAAUGUCACAGUAAAGAUGACUUUUGACCUUUUGUCACGUCAUCAUUAUAGCCUAUCGGACAUUUAUGUGCAGUUUUGUCAUAGUAACAUAAAUUCUUGAGUUUUGGCCAAAAACAUGUUUUGUGAGGAGGUCACAGUGACCUUGACCUUUGACCACCAAAGUCUAAUCAGUACAUUCUUGAGUCCGAGUGAACGCUUGUGACAAAUUAAGUGAAAUUCCAUGAAGGCCCUCUUAAGAUAUCGCACUCAUGAGAAUGAGACGAAUGCAUAGUCACAGUGACCUUGACCUUUGACUGCAAUUUUCUGAUCAGUACAUUUUUAAGUUUAAGUGGACGUUUGUGUCAAAUAUGAAGAAAUGCCCUCAAUGUGUUCUUAAAUAUCGCGAUCAUGAGAAUAAGACAGAUGCAAGGUAACAGUGAUCUUGACCUUUGACCACUAAAAUCUAAUCAGUUCAUCGUUGAGUCCAGGUGAACAUUUGUACCAAAUUCGAAGGAAUUCCCCAAGGUGUUCUUGACAUAUCAUCUUCAUAAGAAUGAGACAGACAAGGUCACAGCGACCUUGGCUUAUGACCUAUGACCGCCACAAUCGAAUUAGUUCAUUGUUGAGUCCAAGUGGACAUUUUUGCCACAUUUGAAGAAAAGUCGAAAACAUAGUCACUGGUCUAAAAAAACACUAAAAUUAAAAAAAUUACACCCGUACAAUAGGUUAUAAAAGUACAAGUAAACUACACCAGAGAUUUAUGAUCUGUUAAACCAGCAGCUUUAGUUACAACUAAUAAGAUAUCGUAAAACAUUUUAAUCACCAAACAAAUGGUUGUAAUUAAGUUAACAGAUUUUAUUGAGCUCUACUUCACUCUAAACCAUUCCUGAACCAGUAAACAGUGUUCACUCCAUCCAAUACCCAAAGAGCCCAGACUUUGGGAAUUGGGAAAAAUCUGUCCUGACUCAAAGUGACUGAUGACACAAUGGCUCCACAUUGUGUUAUAAAAAUACUUUUUUUAGUCUGAUACGCAUCGGGCAGUUCAUCAUAAUCUGUUUUGUUGUCCUCAUGUUUUAUAUUAAUCUGUUUAGAUUGUGUACAUUUAUGUAUGUAGUAAUUUACAUACUAUUGAACUAAAGAGUAUGCCACACAUCUGUACACAUCAGUAUACAUGUUAUAUCUGACAUUAUGAUGAUUUUCUCAAUUUAAUUACCAGUUAGCACAUGCUACAUGAGCCAUCACUCAUGACAUGAGUGAUACUUCUUUGGAAAAAAAAAAAAAAGAAAAAACAGAGGGGGGGCACUGAGAGAGCCAAUGAUUGAGAAAUACAGCGGCAGGUAAAUACCAAAAUCAGAAGCUGGUGUCAGAGCAGGCAAAGAAAUAGGAGCUGCACAAUGGAGUGCUACGUCUUUUCAAUACUGCUCCUGAUCUUGACUGAGGGAUCAGCUUCUUCAACGGAUGACGGAUUCUUAAUCUCAGCCCCUGGAGUGUUUCAUGUGGGUGUUAACGAGAAAGUGUUUGUCCAGAUGGGAAAGACUUACCUCAACAUUCCUGUUACUCUUUACUUGGAGCAUGAGACUAGCGCUACGAUAGUGUCCCAGAAGAAAACCACUCAAUGUACUGCUGAAGGAGAGGUCAAAACAGUUGAGCUCAUGAUAGACGAGGAAAAAAUGUCAAGAUUCCCUAAACAUUAUGAACACUCUUACCUUUUGCUGGUGGCAAACUUCUCUGACCAAGAUUUAAAGAAGACACAUGUCCUGGUAUCAAAACGCAGGGGCAAUAUCUUCAUUCAGACUGAUCAGCCAAUCUACGACCCAACUCAGACAGUGAAAUACAGGAUAUUCACUCUUGACCACUCAUUCAGGCCUCAUGACGAAGUGUUCCAGAUAUCAGUAUUUAAUGCUGCUGGAAACAGAGUAAUUAAGUCCCUCAGGACUGCAAAGGGAGGAAUUCUCCAGGACUCAUUCUUCAUUCCCGAUGUUUCUAAAAUGGGCACAUGGAAGAUUACAGCACACUAUGUAGACGAUGAAGCAAACGCUGCUUCCCGGGAGUUCAAAGUCCAAAAAUUUGUUCUACCAAGUUUUGAGGUGAACAUCGCAAUGGAACAGCGCUAUGUUUUACUGAGUGCUGAACAGUUAAACUUCACCAUCACAGCAAGGUAUUCACAUGGUGAGAAAGUUAAAGGGGCUUACCACUGCCAAUUUGGAAUCGUGAAAAAAGGUAAAGCCCCUGGUCAAAAAAUUAAGCCUGACUUCAUCAGGGGAUUGGAGUUGACUGGUUUGGUCACGAAUGGGACUGCAACAGCUGCCCUCCAGAUAUCAGACUUACAGGAGCACUUCCAAAAACAGCAGAACAGAAACCUGUCUGAUUUAACACAAAGUGGAGCAAGACUUUACUUGGGAGUAUUCGUCACCAACGUACAAAGUGGUGAAAUACAAGAGGCAGAAGUUUACCUUCCUAUUGUCUCCAACAAAUACAUCAUUGAUGUCUCUCGGACUCGACGAUAUUUUCAUCCUGGAUAUCCACUAGAUAUGAAGGUGAUCAUACGUCUGCCAGAUGGCUCCCCAGCAGCUGGUGUGCCAGUAAAGAUUGAUGUAUUACCAUCCUCUGAGGAAUCUUGGCAAGGCAUCACUGACCAGGAGGGGGCAGUGUUUCCUGUGUUUAAUAUUCUGUUUACUUUAAAGAUUACGUUUGGAGUGUCUGCAGAUGGCUUUCAACGAUGGGGAAUAAUGCGCCGUGUUUCCCGAGCGAGGGGCAUCAGCUUCCUUUACCUGACCUUUAACAACAAAAUCUAUUCUGUGGGCGAGCUCCUGUCUGUAAAUUACAACACCAUCAAUGGCCCAGGACAGGGGUUUAUAUACUACAUGGUCCUAAGCCGUGGGAUCAUAAUAACACAGGGUUCUGUAAGAUUUGGUACUGCAGUUAAACACAACCUGCAGAUAACAUCUGAUAUGGUGCCAUCCUUCCGAUUGAUUGGCUACUACUACAACCAGCGUGGUGACAUCAUUGCUGACUCAGUAUGGAUAGAUGUCAGGGAUGAAUGUGAGAUAAAGGUCAAGGUAGAACAAAAAGGACUGUUAGAACCUAGAAGGACAACCAAGCUAGAAUUUGAUUUACAUGGUCAAAGAGCCAGAGUGGCUUUACUGGCUGUGGAUAAAGCCAUCUACGCUCUCAAUGCUGAUAAUAAACUCACAGCCAAAGAGGUGUUUUCCACCAUGCGGUCAUAUGACCUUGGUUGCUCAUAUAGUGGAGGACGUCACCCAGAUUAUGCACUAACAGAUGCUGGCCUGUCUUUUAUAUCUCAGCCUGAAGCAGUGUGGAAAAACAAUCUUGCCUGUCGAUCACAAACUGCACGACAAAGGCGCGCUGUGGACCUUCAACAGGAAAUGAUAGCCCUAAAAUCAAACUUUUCUGAUGAAAAGCUGCAGGACUGUUGUGUUCGCGGGUUUUCUCUCAUCCCUAUGAUACGGACAUGUCAGGAUAGAGCAAAGAGAGUCUCUCUGGUGGAAGCAAAUCCUCACUGUGCAAAUGUCUUUUUAAAAUGCUGCCUCGACGGAGAGCGUCUGAGACAAAAAAAGAUACAAGAGGAUGCCCAGAAUGGACUUGGCAGGACUGCAAGCACAGCUGACAUUGAAGAGUUCUUCAUGGACACUGCUGCUCAGUACAUUCGACGUUUUUUCCCUCCAAGCUUUGAAUUCAGAGAAUUUGAUGUAAAUGGCAAAGAAAGCUAUUCUUUGGCUCUACCUGAUUCCAUCACCACAUGGGAGAUUCAGGUCAUCACUUUGUCUGCAGAGACUGGUUUCUGUGUAGUUAAGCCGUCUGAGUUCAGAGCAUUUAAGAGAGUAUUUGUGUCUCUGAGACUGCCUUUCUCAGUGAAGAGAUACGAGCAACUAUCCAUUACACCUGUUAUCUACAACUAUGGCCAUGAAAGACUACAGGUGGCAGUUCAUAUGGAACCAACUGAAGGACUUUGCUCCCCUGGCUCAGCUACCAGUACAGCUUUUGUUAACAUUACUGUGGAGCCAGAGUCUUCCCAGUUUGUGUCCUUCAGUGCCGUCCCCAUGGUAACUGGCGAAAUACCCAUCAAAAUACGUCUCUAUGAUAUAGAGAAUGAGGUGGGAAUUGAUGCAGUUGAGAAGAAAUUGAAUGUGUUGGCAGAAGGCAUUGAAAAGAGAGUAGAAGAAACCCAAGUGCUUAAAUUAGAUGGGAGGAGCACUAAGACUAUCACUAUUGACGGAUCUUUACCAGCUGACACAGUCCCCGACUCCAGCUCUAAUAUUUUUAUUUCAGUGGAAGGGGAUGGAUUUGGCAGUUCACAUGCGAAGAACCUUCUCUCUCCUCUUAAGGUUGCUGGCCUAAUCGUACUGCCUACAGGAUGUUUAGAACAGACCAUGACAGGACUGGCCCCUACAGCAUCAGCCGUCCGCUACCUUGACCUGAGUGAGCAAUGGUUCGACCUGCCUGCUGGUAGCAGAGACGAUGCUCUUGAUAAAAUUGAGCAAGGUUAUAUGAGGGUUUUAACAUACAAGAGAAAAGAAGAUGGAUCUUACAGAGCAUUUACUUCAACACAACCUAGUAAUUGGCUGACUGCCCUUGUAGUGAAAGUGCUAUCACUGGUGGCACAGCGUCAGACAGUGGGGUUUGGAGAGCAGGGCAGAAAGGCCAGGGUUGUACCAGAAGAAGAGAUCAGGCAAUCAGUCAGUUACUUGCUCUCAGUACAGAAGACUGAUGGGUUAUUCGAUGACCCAGAACGAGUGCUACACAGAGGAGUUAUGAAAGGCAAAGACGAAGAUGCAUCCAUGACGGCUUUCAUAACUCUUGCACUGAAACAGUCCCUUCAAUUCCUGCAAACUGAACUGAGAAAUGAUGCGGAAGCAAGCAUUUCAAAUGCAACAGCAUAUCUCCUGUCACACCUCGAGGAGCUUCAACAUCCCUAUGCUGUUGCCAUCACAGCCUACUGUCUGGCAGUUUGUCUGCCACAGGGAACAGAUCAUUCAUCUGCCUGGACUAAACUUCAAGCACUAGCUACUGAAGGGAAGAAUGGCUGUUAUUUGUGGACAGCUAAUGCUAACCAACAGAAUAAGGAAAGGGCGGAUGGCAUUACAGUAGAGACUACAGCCUAUGCCCUCCUCGCUGCAGUGGAACUUGGGCAUACCGAGUGGGCAGACAAAACAGCCUGCUGGUUAACCACCCAAGAAAACUACUUUGGAGGCUACAAAUCAUCACAGGAUACCAUCAUGGCAUUGGAAGCACUUGCAGAGUAUGAGAUAAAGAGGUCCAUCAGUCCUGAUGCAAAUCUGAUUGCAGAGUUCACAGUCCAAGAAAGGAGAGACAUUGUAAGGCUUACACUGGAAAAUAAGAAGGAGAAGGUGGAAACAGACCUCAAGAAAUUUUCAGGGAGCAACAUAAAUGUGCAGUUGACAGGAAAAGGCGAUACCAAGCUGAAAAUUCUAAAAGCUUACCAUCAAAUGGACCCCAAGGACGAUUGUGACCAAGUGUCUAUCAGAGUCACAGUGGAGGGAAAAGUGAAGUACACUGCUAAGGUCAUAGAAAAUUAUGAGUACUAUGACGACUACGAUAACAACGAUGAGGUGGUGGAGGAGGACAUGGUGGAGAAGGACAUGCGAGUGCCGCGAUCAGCGAAUGAGUGGUUUGAUGCUCGCACCCGAAACAGGAGAGAUGAUGAUAACGAUGUAAAGUCAGAUGAGACUCUCAACUACACAAUCUGUGUCAGUCACAGCCCGAACACCAAUCUCACAGGAAUGGCCAUUGCUGACAUCACACUGCUAAGUGGAUUUGAGGCUGUAACUCAAGACCUGGACAGGCUAAAAGACGAACCUGAACGGUACAUUUCCCAUUAUGAGGUCUCCUAUGGAAGAGUGCUGCUCUACUUCAAUGAGCUCCUCCAAUCAGAGGAAUGCAUUAGUUUUGAUGCUAUACAGAGAGUACCAAUUGGCCUUCUACAGCCCGCUCCAGCUGUGUUCUAUGAUUAUUAUGAACCAAACAGAAAGUGUACCGUGUUCUACUCUGCCCCCCAAAGAAGCAAGGUGGUCUCCAAACUGUGUUCAGAGGAUGUGUGCCAGUGUGCAGAAAGACCCUGUCAUAAAAUACAAAAUACAUUUCAACUGGGAAGAGGUCAAAGAAUCACAAUGAAUCACCGUUUACAACAUGCUUGCUUCUACCCUACAGUAGAUUACGCAUACAUUGUUGAAGUCCUCAAUGUUUCCAUGAAGAGUAACUUUGAGCUGUACAAAAUGAAAGUAAACGAGGUCCUCAGAUCCCAUGAAGAUAUCCAUGUGAGUGAGAAUUCUGUUCGAGUGUUUGCUAAGAGGCGUCACUGUAAAGGACAGCUAGAACUGGGAAAACAGUAUCUCAUCAUGGGCAAAGACGGCUCUACAACCGACUCAUAUGGAGAGAUGCAGUAUCUGUUGGAGUCAAACACCUGGGUUGAAAGAAAGCCUACAGAGAAAAAAUGUAAAAAAUCUACACGUAAAGCUGCCUGCGCUGGGUUUAAUACAUUUACAGAAGCGGAGAAGUACAGGAGAGGAAGAGACAUGAAAUCUGAGGAGCACAUACCGCAAUGCUUAGAUAAUUAGUUUCAUAUAUGGUAAAAAUAAUAGAAAGUGAUGUACAGAUAGUAAGGUACAGCACGUGUAGGGAGUUGUGUUGUUCUCUUGUCUUUCAAAACAGGAACCACGCCCCCACUGUCAGCGGGAAGGAGUCAGAUUAACACGAGGCAGGGGCGUGGUGUGGUGAAGGAGGAAGUGGAACUGCCAAUGAGAAGAGGACAACGCCUUGCGUGCACAAUGACACUCUGUUACGCUCAAAUAUACUGGGUCAGGGAAAGGACAGGAGGUCAGACUUCGUGAACUGACACACCUUUGUUGUUCUCAGGGACUUGAAGUUGAGACCCAGAGCUCUGUAAUUUUAUUCCUUUACUGCUUAAUAAACUACAUUAACUGAGACCGAAUAUCUUCUCCUAUUGCUUCAUUAAAGAACAUGCAGGACUGAGCUCACACAUAGCACAUUGGAGAGUAGGAUGAGCCCCCAGUCCAUCAAUUGGUGACCCCGACGUGAUUUGAAGCCGGAGAAGUGACGGGAUAAAAGACAUUCAACAGCGGAGGACAGCAGUAUUGUGACAACACCUGCCGCGGCCUAAAAAGAAGCUUUCUCCAAACAGGUGACCACAGCUCGGGAGGGAGCAGAAGGGAAAGACCCCCCAACAUCAGAGUGGGUCCUACUCAAGGUGAUCAAACGAAAGUGGUCAGAGCCUAGGUGGACUGGUCCCUACAAAGUCGUGGAACGGACGUCCCACGCCGUCAAACUACAGGGAAAAGGUGACACAUGGUAUCACUGGAGUCAGUGUGCAGUGGCAGAGACACCUGCCCGAACACUGGAGGACAUAAGAGACACUAAAGCUUAAAAAAAGAAAAAACACGCACAGCUUACUCACACCGACAUUUAUUCAUUUAGCUUAGCAUAAGUGCGGAAGAGAUAUCCUGUGAUCAAUGUGAAGGUUUGAAGCUCCUCUGAAGCAACACUUUGCCCAGAGUACGUUUGAGUAAUAUAAAGCCAGGAUACAAGAAAGACUCGCUUGCAGAACAUUUACACUCCAUAUUUACUCUUAUAUUUUACACGUUUAUAUUUACCUUUUUGCAAAAAAAAAAAAAAAAAAAAAAAAAUGAAA